GAGGCAGUGGCAGCCCCGAAGUGGGAGGGGAGAAGUCGGAGGGGAGAAGUCGAAGAGGGAAGGGGACGGGAAGAGGGCGGAAAGUGAAGGGCCCAGAGCGCCUCUCUGCCCCCGAUCUAACUCAGUUCUCGACUGCUCCGGGGCCGGCGUGGUAUUGUGGGAUCGCGGCGCCUGGCCUGCCGGAGCGGCUCGCAUCCGCAGGGGCGUCCACUCGAGAGCGCCUCCUGUCGUCCGUAAGGCUGCCCUGCCAUUCCUCGGCCCCCCCAACUCCUCCCGCCCCCCCAUCCCCUCCUCCUCCAUCCUCCAGUUCAAAAUGGCGACGGCGGCGGCGGCGGCGGCAGCGGCGAUGGCUCCUCCGGGCUGCCCGGGUUCGUGCCCCAACUUCGCCGUAGUCUGCUCCUUCUUGGAACGCUACGGGCCGCUGCUGGACCUGCCCGAGUUGCCGUUCCCAGAGCUGGAGCGGGUGCUGCAGGCGCCGCCGCCGGACAUCGGCAACGGAGAAGUACCAAAAGAAUUGGUGGAGCUCCAUUUGAAGUUGAUGAGGAAGAUUGGCAAAUCGGUUACAGCAGACAGAUGGGAAAAAUACCUGAUCAAGAUCUGCCAAGAGUUUAACAGUACCUGGGCAUGGGAGAUGGAGAAGAAAGGCUAUCUUGAAAUGAGUGUGGAGUGCAAACUAGCACUCUUAAAGUAUCUCUGUGAAUGUCAGUUUGAUGACAAUCUUAAAUUCAAGAAUAUAAUUAAUGAAGAGGAUGCUGAUACGAUGCGUCUCCAGCCAAUUGGGCGAGACAAAGAUGGCCUCAUGUACUGGUACCAGUUGGAUCAAGACCACAAUGUCAGGAUGUACAUAGAAGAACAAGAUGAUCAAGAUGGCUCUUCUUGGAAAUGCAUUGUCAGAAAUCGAACCGAGUUGGCUGAGACUCUUGCACUCCUGAAAGCACAAAUUGAUCCUGUCCUAGUGAAAAACUCUAGCCAACAGGAAGACUCUUCCCGGGAAAGUCCCACUCUAGAGGAUGAGGAGACUAAAAAAGAGGAAGAAACAGCUAAACAAGAGCACUCGAAGGAAAAUGGAAGGACAAAAGGUGAUGAGCGGCCAGUGGAUCCCAUAAAGCGUUCUGUGGCCAAUGUUCUAGAAGAGACAGCUGUGAAAACUGAAAAAGAAGAUGAAAAGGAGCUUAAGAAACUGCCUGUCAUUGUAAAGCUAGAAAAACCUUUGCCAGAAACUGAGGAAAAAAAGAUUAUCAGAGAGGAAAGUGAUUCCUUCAAGGAAAAUGUCAAACCCAUUAAAGUAGAAACAAAAGAAUGCAGAGUGGACUCCAAAGAUCUCAAAGGUAGCUCCGAGAGACUGGGUGCACAGGACCCCGAGCGAGUGGAAUUCGGUGGCAACAUCAGAUCUUCUCAAGACAUCACAGAGAAAUCUUCUGAGGAAACUGAGAAGCUUAAAAAUGACCAGCAAGCCAAGAUACCACUAAAAAAACGUGAAAUUAAGUUGAGUGAUGAUUUUGACAGACCUUUGUGCAAGUCAACUACUCCAACAAAAGAGUUUUUGAAAGAUGAAAUAAAACAAGAGGAAGAGACUUGUAAACGCGUCUCCACCAUCAGUGCUUUGAGUCACGAAGGGAAGCAACUAGUGAAUGGAGAAGUUAGCGAUGACAAGGUCACGCCAAAUUGUAAGACAGAACAGAUGGAAACCCAGCUUUGUGAUACAAAGGAAGACAGCUCUGCCAUCCCCUCUAAGGAUGGGAAUACUCUCACGGAGGGGGAUGGGGCCGAGGCUUUCAGUUCUGUCAUAGCAAGCACAAAGAUGAUAAGUGACCUUGAGAAAGAAGCCCCCCUGGGAAAGGCUCUAGAUAGCUCUUUAUCUGCCUCAGAGAGGCACAGUCAGAAAGGAAGAGGAGAGGACUCUGGGCCUCCAAACACGGAAAUGCCUCUUGAGCCUUUGGAGACAGCAACAGAUCUCUCUUUAAAAUCUGCUUUGUCUGUCAUGGAAUCCUGCACUGGGAAAGCUGAAGAGAAGGCCCCCAAAAGUAAGAGUGAGAACCACCCACCAGGCAUAGAAUGCCUGGAAAAGGUGGAAAAGGCCAAAAAGACUGUUGGUGAGAAGGAAAGAUUGAGUCCAAUACCCGAGGAAGUUGUAAGGAGUCCUGUAGAAUCAGAAAAGCCAGAUCCUUGUGAAGUGGCUGAAGCUUCCCUCCUACCCGAGAUGACUGGCCCCAAGGAGAAACUGGCCUCAGAAAAAAAAGGUGUAGAAUGUCUAAGUAGAGGUUCAAGUGAAGGCCAGUCCCUUGAAAAUGCAAGCCCAGGAACUCUAGAAAAGGAUUCUGAGUCCAUGAAGGUAGAAAUGGCCAGUGCGGACAAGGUCCAGGCCUCUGGCAUGGAGGACACUUCUGAGACGAAGAGCUCCAUGCCGAAGAGCAAAUUCAAAUAUAAGUUAGUUCCUGAAGGAGACAGCACGGCUUCAGAAAACACAGAGAUCACCUCCGAAAGGCAGAAGGAAGGCAUCAAGUUGACAAUCCGGAUAUCUAGUCGGAAGAAGAAGCCGGAUUGUCCCCCACAAAUUGUAGACUCGGAGAGCAAGGAAGAGAAGGUGGGGAAGGAAGAGGAGAAAACCAGUGUGGGCCGGACUUUAAGAAGGUCUCCGAGAAUAUCCAGACCCACAGCGAAAGUAGCUGAGAUCAGAGACCAGAAAGCUGAGAAAAAAAGAGGGGAAGGAGAAGAUGGAGUGGAGGAAGAACCAGCAGCUUUGCAGAGAACAGACAAGAAGGAACACUUGAAAAAAACAGAGAAGGAUACAAAUUCUAAAGUGAGCAAGGUAAAACCCAAAGGCAAAGUUCGCUGGACUGGUUCUCGGACACGUGGCCGGUGGAAAUACUCCAGCAAUGAUGACAGUGAAGGGUCGGACAGUGAAAAAUCCUCCGCAGCCUCAGAAGAGGAGCAAGGGAAGGAAAGUGAAGAAGCUGUCCUUCCAGAUGACGAUGAACCAUGCAAAAAAUGUGGCCUUCCAAACCAUCCGGAACUCAUUCUUCUGUGCGAUUCCUGUGACAGUGGAUACCAUACUGCCUGCCUCCGCCCUCCCUUGAUGAUCAUCCCUGAUGGAGAAUGGUUCUGCCCUCCUUGCCAGCAUAAACUACUGUGUGAAAAAUUAGAAGAACAGUUGCAAGAUUUGGAUGUUGCCUUAAAGAAGAAAGAGCGUGCAGAGCGAAGGAAAGAACGCUUGGUGUAUGUUGGUAUCAGUAUUGAAAACAUCAUUCCUCCACAAGAGCCAGAUUUUUCUGAAGAUCAAGAAGAAAAGAAAAAAGAUUCAAAAAAAUCCAAAGCAAACUUACUUGAAAGGAGAUCAACAAGAACAAGGAAAUGUAUAAGCUACAGAUUUGAUGAGUUUGAUGAAGCAAUUGAUGAAGCUAUAGAAGAUGAUAUCAAGGAGGCUGAUGGAGGGGGAGUUGGCCGAGGAAAAGAUAUUUCCACCAUCACAGGUCACCGUGGGAAAGACAUCUCUACCAUUUUGGAUGAAGAACGCAAAGAAAAUAAACGGCCUCAGAGGGCAGCUGCUGCUCGCAGGAAGAAACGCCGGCGACUUAAUGAUCUUGAUAGUGAUAGCAACCUAGAUGAGGAAGAGAGUGAGGAGGAAUUCAAGAUCAGUGACGGAUCCCAGGAUGAGUUUGUUGUGUCUGAUGAAAACCCGGAUGAAAGUGAAGAAGAUCCACCAUCUAAUGAGGACAGUGACACGGACUUCUAUAGCCGAAGACUGAGGCGGCAUCCUUCUCGGCCCAUGAGGCAAAGCCGGCGUUUGCGGAGAAAGACCCCAAAGAAAAAGUACUCUGAUGAUGAUGAAGAGGAAGAAGAGUCUGAGGAGAAUAGUAGAGACUCUGAAAGUGACUUUAGUGAAGACUUGAGUGAUGAUUUUGUAGAAACCCGGCGAAGGCGAUCAAGAAGGAACCAGAAAAGACAAAUUAAUUACAAAGAAGAUUCAGAAAGUGAUGGUUCCCAGAAAAGCAUACGCCGUGGUAAAGAAAUCCGACGAGUUCACAAGCGCAGGCUCUCCAGCUCAGAGAGUGAAGAGAGCUAUAUGUCCAAGAACUCUGAAGAUGAAGAGCUAACAAAAGAAUCAAAGAGGUCUGUUCGAAAACGGGGCCGAAGCACAGAUGAAUAUUCAGAAGCAGAUGAGGAUGAUGAAGAGGAAGGCAAACCAUCCCGCAAGCGGCUCCACCGUAUUGAGACGGAUGAGGAGAGCUGUGACAAUGCUCGUGGAGAUGCGGAACAGCCUGCCCCUGACAGCCAGCCCAGGGUCCUGCCCUCGGAGCAGGAGAGCAGCAAGAAGCCCUAUCGGAUAGAGAGUGAUGAGGAAGAGGACUUCGAAAACGUGGGCAAAGUAGGGAGCCCCUUGGACUACAGCUUAGUGGACUUGCCUUCCACCAAUGGACAGAGCCCUGGCAAAGCCAUUGAGAACUUGAUGGGCAAGCCAACUGAAAAGUCCCAGACCCCCAAGGACAGCGGCACGGCCAGUGCAAGUCUAGCCCCAAAUGGGACAAGUGGUGGUCAGGAGGUGGGGGCACCGGAAGAGGAUGAAGAUGAGCUUCUGCGAGUGACUGACCUUGUUGAUUAUGUCUGUAACAGUGAACAGUUAUAAGACUUCUUUCCAUUUUUGUGCUAAUUUAUUCCACGGUAGCUCUCACACCAGCGGGCCAGUUAGUAAAAGCUGUUUAAUUUUUCCUAGAAAACUCCACUACAGAACGACUUUUUAGAAGAAAAAUUUCAACGAAUCCCAAAGUCUUUCUGUGAAGUGACCAGUUUUGAACUUUGAAGAUUAAUAAUUGCUGUAAAUUCCUUUUGAUUUUCUUUUUCCAAGUUCAUGGUCCUUGGUAAUUUCAUUCAUGGGAAAAAAAUCUUAUUAUAAUAACAACAAAGAUUUGUAUAUUUUUGACUUUAUAUUUCCUGAGCUCUCCUGACUUUGUGAAAAAGGUGGAUAUGAAUGCAUUCCAAAUCUGUGAGGGCCCAAUAAUUUAGGGUGGGAGAAAGCACUUGGGCUUUAGCUUUUCAUAUUAAAUAUAUAUUAUAUUUAAACAUUCAUGGCAUAGAUGAUGAUUAACAAACUGUUCAAAAGUUCAAGUCUGUACUGUUGCAGUUUGAGAAUUGUAGAUACAACAUCGUACAUACGUCACUUAGUAAUAGCCUUCGUGAAAUCAAUUUGUUUACUAUUGGAGUUACCAUUACCACACUUUAAAUAAAGAAGAGACCAUGGAAGUACCAUCAUAAAAUCACUUUAACCUAAGUUUCUGUUAUAGCAGAGUUUCUUGUUUAAAAAAAACAAAAACACAAAAUCAUCUGAAAAGCAUUUGUAUAGUAAAUUGUAUUAAUGAAGCUUUGAUAACCAGAUUGUGCUAGAAGGAAGUCUUAAGUAGCUUUUAUGCUGUGGUAAUAUGAUGGCCUCUAUUACACUGUGUCCGGUGAGGAGUUAGUGAAGUCAAUGUGGGCUUUCCUAAAGUGCAAGUACACUAUAAACUUUGCCAGUAAUGUUAACUCUUCUGGCCAUAUGGUGUUAACUGUCUGAAAUGUCAUUUUGAAUAUAAUCCAUCUAAAUAUAACAUAUGGAGAUGCUAAGUUGACAAUGGUAUUUAGCACAUUGGAAGACUGAGAAGGAAUUUUCAGGUGAAUUUUAACUGGUCUGUUCUUGCCCUUAGUAUCUACUUCAAAUUGAAGUCUACAAACAAAGCAGUUCCUUUGGGAGAUUUUUAGUUUUGAGUUUAAUCGUGUGUGUGUGUGUGUGUGUGUGUGUGUGUGUGUGUGUGUGUGUGUGUGUGUGUGUGUUGGAAUUUUCUAUCUGCCUGGAUACAUUAGCAGGGUUUGAAUGUAGUUCUGGCCUUUGGCCAUUAUAUACUUCUAUUGAAAAUCCAUUAAUAGUCACACAACCAACAGAACUGAGUGAGACCCGCUGAUAUACUUAAUAGGCCUAACUUCCAUUUUAAACAUCUCAACACUCUAAGGAUUCGCCCUUUGCUUCAAGACUAGGCGGUUUCUAACUAAACAGUGUAACGUAGCUGACACUAAACUAGGACCUUUAGCUUGGUUUCUGUUACCGUUGUGGAGUUGUGGGCACAGCCCUAACCCUGUACAGCUGUAGCAUCUGUGAGUCUUCUUGCCUGGCACAUGCCGAAGCCCUCUGCACUGCUUCGGGCUGUGCUUUUCCCCGGGGACUCGGGUUUCCUGCUCCACUGUUGUCUGUUGCCGGCAAUAGACAUGCCGUACCUGCUGCUGGCCCAGGGGACUUCAGUUUUCUUUUCAGAUGAAGCAUUAUAUGUGGUAGUCAGUCUACAGUAAACUACUUCCUUUUCAUUAUUAAAAGCUGGCGUUAGACUUGCAUCAUCAAGACCUCUCUGGAAACUUUAUGCUCCUAAUUUCUGUUCCUCGACAGACACUGCCCUUAAACCUUCCGGCCUUUAAAGUGUAGUGCUGAUUUCUUUUCAGUUACUGGUUUUCUGUUUCACUUUAGUUCUGUAGAAUUUGACCGAUGAUAUUUUUGCUUUGUUUCUAGUGAUGAACUUGUAUUUGUGUAACAAUGAAACAAUGAAAGCAGCCUAAAAAAAAUAAAAACAAGAACCCAGGGUGCGGCAGGUGCUGCUCCCGAAGCAGCUGUGGGCUUAUCUUAAAACAGUGUUGUGCUGGAAGGACAGGGUGGGCUUACGUUCACAGAAGUAAAGGACUGAAAAGGAGCCACAUUCACUUGUAAAACUUCCUUUCUAGCUGUUGUUUUCUUUGAAAAUCAGCUAAGUAAACUUUUGAACUGUCUAGAACAGACAGGCAGAAGGGUUCCUACUAGUGCAUGGUGAGUGGGUUCCUGCCACCCAGUCUCAGGUUUCAGUCCUGCAGCCAGGUAAAGCCACUGUGGUGUAGAAACUCUCCCAUGUGCCUGUCUCUACCUCUGCACACACCAGCUCUUGCAUCCACCUAUCAACUCUACUCAUCCUUUAUACAGAUGAUUAGAAAUAGUAAAUGGGUAGCUAAUGCAACAGCAUGCGGAAUGUGAAGUCACUUCUGUUAUGGAAAACCCAUGGUAAUUUUUACAGUAAAGACUGAGUAUUCCACUUAGCAAAAUGUCCCAGUAACAGGGGUUUCAAAACCACUUUGUGCUACCUGAUCCUUACUAAACUUGAGUGUCAACCUGAUACUGAGUGUCUCCCUUCUAACCUUACAUUCUCAUUAAACCAACUGGCUCUCAGUAGUAACCCAGGCAGCUAGUCCAUACUGAUUCUUAGUAUCCAGAGAGUUCUGCUGCUUGGCCUUUUCUGUUGUUUCUGUUGAUCCUGGAGAUUGAAUUCAGGGCCUCAUGCAUGCUGGGUAGAACUCCUGCCCUGUUUAGUGUUUGGACUCAGUCCGUCAGAGUCUGUUAUCUCUCAGAAAAACUCACUUGGAAGAUGCUCCCGAUGAGGUUUCUGUUGCUGCUGUCAAAGUAAAUGUUCUGUAUAAAAAAUUCUGAUCCAACCAGUAAGAACUGGAGGAUGGAAAGGAAAACAGUCGUGUAGGGGGCCGACUAUCUUCAGUCCAUGAUCGAUUCAGAUUUACAAUAGAUCUAUAGAAUGUCUGCUUUUACUAACUUCAGUGACCCCUCCUACCUUUGAAAUACAAGUGCUGAACUUGUAUCAAAGGGCUCCGGUAUCAGACUCAGUCUACAGCAUAUGCAUUAUGUGAAGAUACAGUGUAGUGUUCAAAGUGUUUAGUUUGCCAUUUCAGUAAAGUUUGAAAACUAGCCAUAUUUUUACAGUUCAAGAGCUUAAAAUUGAAAUAGCGUAGGAAAAGGACUCAGACUGGUUUGCUUGUACCUGUGCGAUGAUGAGAUAGUGUUUAUUGUAGAAUGUUACUGCAAAGUGAUGUGUUUUCAACAAUACACGUAAUACGUUGAGGUUGUUUCCUUGACAUCUUUUUCCAGUUGGUCAAGGUUGCAGAUUCAGAGGAUAAAAAGGCGUUUCAUUAAGGAUUAAUUCAUGUUUACUGGUAACUUAUUUUUUAGAAAGUGAUCUGCCAAAGAACCAAGAACUUCAGAAUACUAAUGAAAUUAAUUAUUGUGGGGAAAAAGAUUUUUAAAAGAAUGUUAUUCACUUUUCACUUUCUAGUUGAUAGAACCUAUCCUAUAUAAUAGACAUUUAAGCAAAGUACAUAUAUUAAGAAAAAUGUGGACACUUACUUGUUUAAAUUGAGAUUUAAAAUUAUGGUGAAUGUGUUAGUAAUUUUUAAGUGGUAUGGAUGGAGGAGUUAGUCACUCACUGAUUGUUCUACCAGAAGAUAAAAAGCACCUAACAAAUCUUGAACACUCAGAUAAUGCUGUGACUCCACUGCCAGCUGCCACAGCAGAGCAGGUCUCUAGUUCAGGGUAGUGUCUCAGCUUUAGAACAAGUGUUCAAAGACCAAGACUUUUCUUAAGAGGAAAUGUGUAUAUACACCCGUUCUGGAUAACUACUAGAAUGCUGAAUUCAUCAUGAACUGACUUAUAAAAACAUAAGGCAAAUAGUUGUGACAAAAUUAUGAAUAUGAUUCAAUUAUAGAAAGUUUAGAGAAAAAAUAGUUUUUCUUGUUGGUUUGACAUUCUCUAAAUAUAUUUCUGGUUCUCUUAAGCAGAGAAUGCCAAGACCACAUGUAUGCUGUAAUCUACAUAGUCCUUGUCUGUUUUAAUAUGAUCCAUUGUUGAACUCUCAGAUAAAAUUCAUUCCUAUUUUAUCCACCAUUCCCAAUGUCAGCCUUGGAAGUGGCAAGCUAACUGCUGGUUUAUUUCCUCACCGUUCCCACCUGGAUCCUGAAAGAAAAGGCCUUUGCUUUCAUCAGUUUGUAUUUUUUGUUUUAUUUAUUUUUUAUUUUUUUGGUUUUUCGAGACAGGGUUUCCUCUGCAUAGCCCUGGCUGUUCUGGAACUCGCUCUGUUGACCAGGCUGGCCUCAAACUCACAGAGAUCCACACCUGGCUCUGCCUCCUGAGUGCUGGGGUUAAAGGCAUGUGGUGUGCCACCACUGCCAGCUUCAUCCAGUUUUUAAACUGGGUUAUUGUGUUAUUAUUCCACUUAAUUUUCAAAAUAUUUCAAUCCAACUUAAAUGAUUUACCAUUUUUUGAGUGCCAAGGUUUGCUAGGUAACUGGCUGCAUAACACUGAGGAUAAGUCAUCCCGUAUCAUAAGCCAAAAUAAGGUAGACUUGGUAUGGAACCACUUUAGAUCGUACACUCCCCACCUGUCACUCUUACAAGCCCCCUCAGCAGUUCAUUAGAACAGUUCAUUAGAACAGUUCAUUAGAACAGUUAGUUCCCCUGACGUUUUCCACUCUUUGGGUCAUGUACACAACUCCCUGCCCCAUUUCAUAUUUAUACCACUCUGCUCUGGGAGACACUGUUCUGGUACCCUCAUUGUAGUCUUUUCAGUUCAUGGAGGUGUUGUUUCUAUCUUGACAUUUUACAUAUGUCUAUCCUAUACACAAUAUGUGAAAGACCAUAACAAACUACCAGAUGAAUAGGGAUUUAUGAAGCUCUAGACCUUCUGAAUGAGGAAAAAAAUUAAGAAACUGUAUUUGUGGGUUUGUUUUCUUUCUCUCUCUCUCUCUCUCUCUCUCUCUCUCUCUCUCUCUCUCUCUCUCUCUCUCUCUCUUUUUUUUUUGCCAAACUAGUACAAGCUAGAAAAUGUGCAAAGGAAUAAAUAACCUGCCUUGUUCUUUUUGCCACUGGAUGAUAUAAGUUAAGAAUGAGCUUGUUUAACUAUAUAUUUCCUUGACUUUCAUCAGUUUCGGAAGGAGUCUAACUUAAGUGUUUGGGGUUUGUUUGAUCUGUAUUUAUUGCAUCCUGGUCAUAGGCCAGGAGCCUGCAUGUUAUGUUUAUGGACAGCCAGAACACAGUCAUUGUGGAACUUAAUGGCUCAAGAUCUUCUAAAUCAUUUAACUUAUUUUGUACGUUGCAAAAAAAGAAAAAAAAAGUUUAUUUUGCUUGAGAGUCACAUUUUUUUAUAACUGUACAGCUUUUAAGGGCUGGGAGGUGGGAAAAGACCCUAAAAUAGGAUGUAGAUUUCUACAGUUGUGUUGAUGCUCGAGCAUCUACAGGAGCAUUAUGUAAUUAAACCUCAAAUUGUUUCAACACCUUGUGCCAUGGUCUUCUUCGUCCUGUUGCCCGUUAGCAGAGGUGGUGCAUGUCAGUAUCGCACUGCGGUACGGACAGCCCUUGAAAUUAGAUAAAACCUUUUCCCAAAGCUCUCAGACCAUUGCAUGAGUGUGCCCCACAGCCACACACACAGUUUAUAUUAGUGUAAAUGGAUCGUCAGGAUCAGUACAGCUGCAACAUCCCAAAUCUGGCAAUCGGCAGCAUAUUCUUUCGGUGCAUGACUUUGUGGUGCCUGUCUAGAGUAUUGUUGAUGUUGGUGUGUUUUGUUCUCUUAUCAAAGUAGCUUCUUGACCAUAGUAUCUGGAUAGUAUCUUGCCUAAAACUCUCAUGGGGUUCUAUGUGCACUUUAAGAAGGGAUGUCCUAUGUUGAGAUGGAGGUGGGAACGAGGCAGGGCUAGUUUCUUUAUGUGUAAAAGAAGGAAAAAAUUAGAAUUGUUUGACUAUUCCAUAGACUUACCCAACUCCACACAAAUAACUUGCUGAAACUUGGCAGGAAGGGACAUCACAUUCAGUUUUCAAUCCCUCCUUAUUUGGUAACUAAUUUGCAAUCUCUUACAACUGCUGCUGGCAGUCUGCAUGGCACAUUUUACCAUGCUGUCAGCCUAUCUUUUAAAAUGCCAGGACUUCUUUUUGCUAUCUGGUAACUUUACCAUUCUAACUUACUACCUGUGUAGCAUCGCUUCUUAUAAGGAAUUAAAUUCAUCUAAUUGUGUCAUAAUUUUCAGGUAACCUUCACCUGUUAACUAAUUUGAGAAUUAUUUCCUUUACUGUCUUCACCCAUUUAGAAGCUUAGGGACCAUGAAUUUCAAUGUGAAGAGUACAAAUUCCAGAUAAGAGUUUGUAAAUUGUAUUAUUUUUGAAUCUCACUUUGAUUUUAUAAAGUAGUAACUAAGUUCCAGGAAGCAUCCAUUCAGAACAUGUCUUGGAUUUUCAGAUGUGCUCAAAUGAAGUACUUUACUUUCCCUAUGCAUAAAAUAAAAAAUAUUGGAAUAGUUCUCAAAAUGCUGUUUUUAGAUGAGAGGGAAACAGAAGCUCCAAGAUUAUCUCAAACCAAGUCUUGCUGUCUCAGGACCAUGCAUUAGUCACAGAGAGGCUGUCGUGCACUGUCACAUAAUGUAGUGCUGCAUGUGUGAAUCACGUGCAGAAAUCUGAAAACUGGAAACAUGAUUCUGAUAACACAAGUCACGUCUGUGUAUGAAAAGCAUGGCAGGCCCUGAGAGCGCAAAGCUUCAGGAGUGGUAGAACUGCAGUGCAUCGUUGUUUAAAUACAAUAUUCCUUGUGACAACCCAAAUAUGUUGUGGCUGUUGCCAAUAUUUUCGUUAACAAAAUGUUGAAUGUCUCAUUUCAGUCUGGUCAGAAUUCUCAGUGUAAUAAGCCAGGCCUAAGCCAUUUUACAGCUAUUGGCCUAACUGUAACUUUUUUUCAAAAUGUUUUAUUAUAAUACUUGUCAUUUCUUUCACUUAAUAUAUGUCAAUUGUCAUAAUAAAAUGUUGAAAUAA